AUGGAGACAAAUGUCAUUUUGGACAACAACUUGGUGAUAGAUUCUAACUCUCUUGAUAUGCCACAAUCUUUUAGUGCUGAAGAAGUCAUUGUUGAGCCUUAUGUUGGAAUGGAAUUUGAUUCAUUGAAAAAAGUUGAACAUUUUUAUACAUUAUUUGCCAAAGCAAAAGGAUUUGGGAUUCGUACCCGCUCUAGUAAAAAAAAAUAUUGCAUUUUUGUAUGUGUGAGAGAAGGUGAAAAUAAGGUGAAAAGUGAUAAUAUAGUAGAAGUUAAGAAAAAAACUUCAACCAUACGCUCAGGAUGUCGAGCAUCACUGUGUGUAUCAAAGGAUAAGAAUAGAGAGGUAUGGGUUAUAAAAUCUUUUGACAACAACCAUAAUCAUGUCAUGGCCAGUCCUAAGAGUGUGUCUUAUUUGAGGUGUCAUAAAAAAAUGAACGGUGCUACAAAAAAUCUUGUUGAAAAGUUCAAUGAAGAAGGCUUACCGACUGGAAAGGUUGCUGCAAUGUUUAGUGGUAGUGAUUUAGCUUUUUCUAAUAGGGAUUGUUGGAACCAUUUGAGAAAUCUUAGGAGAAAGAACUUGGAUGUUGGAGAUGCACAAGCUGUUUUCAAUUACUGUAAACAAAAGCAAGCUCAAAACUCUAACUUUUUCUAUGCAAUACAAUGUGAUGAUGAUGACAGAAUGAUAAACUUUUUUUGGGUGGAUUCUAGAUCAAGGUUUGCUUAUCAACAAUUUGGAGAUGUUAUUACUUUUGAUACAACAUAUAGAACCAACAAAUAUAGCAUGCCAUUUGCCCCAUUCACGGGAUUGAACCAUCAUCUUCAAUCAAUUUUAUUCGGUUGUGCAUUAUUACAAGAUGAAUCUGAAAAAACUUUUGUAUGGUUAUUUGAAACUUGGCUUGAGGCAAUGAAUGGAAAGAAGCCUAUUUCUAUGAUAACUGAUCAAGAUUUAGCUAUUGGAGCAGCUGUUGCCAAGGUAUUUCCAGAGACACGUCAUCGUCUAUGCUUGUGGCACAUCAGAAAGAAGUUUCCUGAAAAGCUUGCACAUAUAUAUCACAAAAAUUCUACAUUCAAGCGUGAACUGAAGAGGUGCAUUCGAGAAUCAUCAACUAUCAAGGAUUUUGAAGAUGAUUGGAAGCGCAUAAUGUUUGAGUAUAACUUGCAGGAAAAUGGUUGGCUUCAAAGGUUAUUUGAUAUUAGAGAGUCAUGGAUACCAGUUUAUAAUAGGAACACUUUUUUUGCCGGUAUGAAUACUACACAACGGAGUGAGAGCAUUAAUUCUUUUUUUGACUCCUUUGUUAAUUCAACCACAACACUACAAGACUUUGUGGUAAAAUUUGAGAAGGCCAUUAACAAUCGAUAUGAGGCUGAAAAAAGAGAAGAUUUUGACUCACGACAUAAGUCACGCACUUUGACUAUUGGCUCAAAAAUUGAAGAACAUGCUGCCUCAAUUUAUACAAGAAAUGUGUUUGUUAAGUUUUAUAAUGAGCUUGCAAGUGUUAGCCAUUUUACAAAGGAGAAGAUUGAGAAAAACGAUUCACAUUGUAAGUAUCGGGUAUCUAAUUGUUUUGAUACUCGAGAUUGUUCUAUAGUUGAUAUAAAUUUGGAAUCAAAGAAUGCUACAUGUGGCUGUCAUCUUUUUGAAUUUAUGGGAAUACUAUGUAGGCACAUUUUGGUGAUUUUUCAAGCAAAAAACAUUAUUCAAAUUCCUAGUCAGUACAUAUUGCAGCGUUGGACAAAAGAGGCCAACAAAUGUAUAGAGUCGUGUGACAUUGAAAAUUGGAAUCAUGAAUCAAAUGUUUUGAGAAGUAUGCAUGUGCAACGUCAAUUUGACAAGUUUUCUGAUUUGGCUAAAAGAUCUGAAGAUGCAUACAAGUUUAUUAUAUCAGAACUUGAUCGCAUUUACAAUAUGGCCAAUACAAUGGGAAUGGAAAUUCUAGAUGUCAAUGAAGAUCCUAUAGAGUUAAAUCAACAGAAUUUGACAUGUGACACAACAAAUGAUGUUUCAGAUUUCAAUAUUAAAGACCCAUAUGUUUCACAUACAAAAGGAAGAAGAAGAAAGGAUUCUGACAAAGUCCCUCUGACAGGGAGGUUUAAGAGUGGUCUUGAAUUAUCGAUGAACAAGACAUUGCUGCUAUACUAG